UUAUUUUCUUUCAUUCUGAUGAUGGCUUCAUUAUGAUCUUAUAUUAGCACAUAAAUCAACGUGACGCAGCCAUUGAAUCUGGAUACGCCGUACUUAUACUACUCAUGUAAUUAAACCUCUACGUCGUUGAACUACUCGUCGUUAAUCUGUUUGUGUUCAUUUCGGACUCGGACUUUCCUUGCCUUUAAUCCAGUUCUCACAUCCCGGACCACCGCCACCGGAUCGUAACAGAAUCCCGGAUUUGGUCAUGUGACAUUUGUCAUUUACUAGCUUUUUGUCAUUUGUCAUACCAUUUGACAUAUGCUUAUGUAACUAUGCGACAUAGCACUUUACCUAUUCUUCAAAAUACCAAACCUACUUAGACUUUGAAAUUCAGCUACUAACAAACACCUCAUAUUACCCCAUCCAUCUAACAAAAUAUGAGCAAUAGGGACGGCAAGGCUCAGCUGUCACCUUCCAAAUCGGGAACAUCAAAAGUGGGAUCUCCUAAAGCAGGCUCCGACACCAAACUGACUCCUUCAACAACCUCUACUUCAACUACAGACAAUACCAAUAAUAAGAAGUCAUCAGCACCAUCUUCACCCGCUAAACAAUCACGACAGACGCCUGCUGCUGCAACUGGUGAUGCAGCUGCUGCCACACCUUCAUCACAAUCAGCUCAAGACGAUCCAAAGGCAAGUAUAGAAAAGUAUAAUCAACUCAAGAACCAAUUAACACAAGAGAUUCUUAAGAAACAAGAAUUAAGUGCACGAUUGUCUAAUCUAGAAGAUGUUAUUUAUGAAAAGGAAAAUGAAUAUUUUGAUGAAAGUUUAUAUGGAUCGAUUGUAAAGGGAUUUGAGAAUUUUUCAAAGGCAAGUGGAUCAUCUGGUGGUGGGCAAUCUAGUAGUCAAUCUGGAUCUGGUGGUUAUAAUACCAAUAAAAGAAGAGUCCAAUAUGCUGAUGAAGAUCAUAUAUUCAGUCUAAGUUCUAUUAGUUUUAUUAAAAGUUUAAUGAAGAAGCAAGGGAUAUCAUUAAAUGGAAUUAAUGGAAUUCAUACAUCUACAACUCCAACAUCAAGUAAUGGUAAUAAUGGUUCAUCGUCUUCAAAUAAGGAUUCUGCAUCUAAGGAUAAAGAUGAUUUUGAUGAUUAUGAAGAUUCUAUUGAACCAACCAAUGGUAGUUCAAAUCCAUUACUGAAUAGUAAUAAUGCCAAUACCAUAGUAAAUGGAGGUCAUAAAAGUGCUUCAAGUGAUAGAGAAGGUUCGAGUAAUGUAAGUACUCCAAGUAGGAAACGUAAAGCUCGAGUAUUAGAUGAUUGAUUAUGUAACUGUAUACUAUAGUAAUAAUAUAUAUAACUGUAUUAUAUAUAU